AUGCAAAUGCUGAGAGCGGUAAGCAUAAUCAUGACAAUCUUCCUUUUGAUAUUCUAUUAUUCUGUUUCCCAUGUUUCAUCAGUUGGCACCCUCAAACAGAGGGAUAGGCUAAACUCUUCUGCAUAUCUAGUUUCUGCUAACGGAGUUUUCACUUUAGGAUUUUAUAGCCUCGAAAAUACCAAUAACAGUUAUUUAGGAGUAUGGUUCACGAAAAAUAUAUAUGGUCCAAUAUGGCUUGGCAACAGGGACAAACCUAUUACUGAUAAUUCUGGUGUUCUCACAAUAAGCAACGCCAGGAAACUUGUAAUCAACAGCAGCAGAGGAGAUCCUAUUGAGCUGUAUGCAAAUGAAAACGGCAUGAAUAUAACGGCCACUCUGUUGAAUUCGGGCAAUUUCGUAGUGAAAGAGAUGGAUAUAAAUGCCGGAGCUUUUACGCUUGAAUGGGAUCCAAGCAGACACAGAUUGAUUGUAAGGCGGCGAGAGGUGGCUUAUUGGACCAGUGGAGAAUUGAAGGAUUAUAUUGAUGAGGACAGACCAGAUUUGAAACUGAAGAAAUUUGAGAAUAUAGGCGAUGGAUAUGAUCCAUAUAAUUUCAUUUACAAUUUUGUCAAUGUCACAAAUGAUGAUGAGGAUUAUAUGAGCUACUCCCUUGAAAUAGACCCCGUUCUCACACCUGAAAAACUAAAAAAUUCUGGAUGGAAGCUGGACUCUGAAGGUUCCAUAAUCGAUCAUAACGGGGUGCGGAUAAUUUCAGAUGUGAGUCGUUGUUAUGGUUAUAACACCAGAGAAGGCUGCGAAUUUUGGGAGAAGCCUAAGUGCAGGAAUCACAGAGAGACGUUUAGUUUGAGAUCUGGGCAUUUUCUUCCAAUAACUGAUUCAUAUGCCGUUUAUGAUGACAAUUCAAGCCUUACUAAGAGCGACUGCAGAGGUAACUGCUGGAACGACUGCGAAUGUGUGGGCUAUACAGCAGGUAGUAAAUCUGGAUGUGUAUAUUGGAAAGGGAAAUAUUCGACAUUUGAACUGAGUCUUGAUCAUUCGGAAGUUGAUAAAUAUGUUCUCAUCCCUGAGCCAGCAAACAAAGGAAAGAAGAAAAUGAUUUGGAUAAUCAUUGCUGUGGUGAUUACAGUAGUUCUGCUAUUGUUGGGCAGUUCAUGGUUCAUCAUGCGUAAAACUAAACAAGGGAAAAUGGAGGAAGAACUUGAGAAAAUGAUAACCCUAGAGGAAUAUACAGACAAUGAUGAACUUGACUACGAUGGAAGAAAGGGACAUGAUCUCAGACUGUUUACAUAUUCAUCUAUCCUGGCUGCUACGAAUAGCUUUUCAUCAAAAAACAAACUGGGUUUUUCAUCUGUGUCUAAUUGUGAUCGGAUAAAAGAUGUAAAUUAG